AGUCUUUCGAAGUAAACGCGUGGGAUACGUAUCACAGUAGCUGCAGUAGGCAAAAUAGUACAAAUGGGGUUUGAUAUAAAAAGUUACAUUACCGUUAGACGAGUGGCGAUCUUUUUUGGUUUGCUCUCAACGGCAUUACUAGUAGCUACAGUAUGUUUAGCUGUGGACAACUCAAAUAUGUCGCAGAAAUUUAAAGAAUGUAAUCAAAAAUUGGAUGUUUUCGAAUCCUUUAUUCAGUCUUUAUCCACAACAACAACAUCAAUAGUAACAACUACAACUGCCACAACAUCAGAGUCAACAACUGCACCAGAGACUUCAGCGAGUUUUCGCAAUUUGCUCUAGUUUUUAAAGAUGAAUUCUUGUGAGGACAUUUCAGUAGCCGAAGUUAAAGUAUUUGUUAACUUAAGUUCAAUAAAGAUAAUUUACCUAUUAUUAGUUUAAAGUUAGUUGUAUACUUAAUUACAUUCAAUUUCCAAUAAAA